UUCAUGCUUCGCCGUCCUUUCAGACAGAUGUUUAACGUCUUUAAAUCCGAUCGAUGCCCAAACAGAGUCCAAACCACCAAAAAGGAGGCAGGGGAAACAGAAGAGCGCACGUUUGUUCGUACUAGCAGUCAGCCAUUUCUUUUUUUCAAACCAGUCUUUUUUGAAGGUGCGGGUUACCAUAUCUCCAUACUGAAGCAGGACAAAGUCUUCUGGUCUGUGCGGUCCUAAACGUUUUAUUUCCAACUGUUCUUCUAAUGUUCCACAAUCUACAGGAGUUGAGGCACAGUGCAUCCCUGGCCAACAAAGUCUUCAUCCAGAGAGAUUAUAGUGAAGGUACCACUUGCAAAUUCCAAACAAAGUUCCCUUCUGAGCUGGAAAGCAGGAUUGAGCGGACUCUAUUUGAAGACACUGUGAAGACCCUGAACAACUACUACGCCGAAGCAGAGAAGAUCGGAGGCCAGUCCUACAUGGAAGGCUGUCUGGCCUGUGCUACAGCAUAUCUUAUCUUCCUCUGCAUGGAAACGCGCUAUGAGAAGGUAUUGAAAAAGAUUGCCAAGUACAUUCAAGAGCAGAAUGAAAAGAUCUAUGCUCCCAGGGGUCUUCUCAUUACUGAUCCCAUAGAGAGGGGAAUGCGAGUUAUAGAGAUUUCCAUUUAUGAAGACAGGGGCUCCAGCGGCUGCAGCUCCGGCAGUAGUUCUGUGUCCAGCAGCACAGCUCGAUGACCAAGUAGUUAAGGCAAAACAAUGUCCCCCUGAUCACUUACAACCCUAGAGAACAACUUUUGGAG